AUGUCUGUAACCUUUCAGCCUUUCAAUGUGCCGAGAUCACGUCAGGUAUAUGGGAAUUCGUUCCCGUAUGGACUUCGAGCUCAAGCCUCAGAUGACGAGCCGACAACCCGCCCGAUCGAUGACUCGGUCGCUUCUCUUGCUGAACUAGCAGAAUCUGGUCAAAUAUCGGAGCUCUUGAGGAAGCAUGGCGCGGUAGUAAUCAGUGGUCUGGGCCAUGCAUCAGGCGAAAGCUUCGCAAAGUUGAUAAAUGCAAUUGAACGAGGUCGCGGCUCGAGACCGUACGUGCAGAUCGGACUCGCAGGGAAACGAAACAUAGUUGCAGAGAAUGUGUGGACGGCAAAUGAAGGGCCGUCAGACCGUCGAUUCUAUCAACACAAUGAGUAUUCGCGGUACACUCGGUUCCCCGCCAAUAUCCAUUUUUACUGCGAGAAAAAAGCACUUGAGGGUGGCGAGACACCCGUGGCACAUAGUGCUCUUGUUUUCGAGAAGGUGAACGAGUUGAUUCCUGAGCUGGUCAGGGAUAUUCAACAAAAGGGACUAGCCAUGAAGAUGGUGUUUCGAGCCCCAGGAAACGAAGGAAAUGGCAAUGAGUUUAAUUGGGCCGGGAAGUAUAGCUUUGGACAGGAAUUUCAGCCUAGCGAUGAUCGUGCGACGCAGAAGUCGAAAGCCGAAAUCCAAGUACAGAAAUUGACACACGAUUUUCGAUGGGAUGAGGAGGAUACGCUAGAGCUGACCCAGUAUAUCCCUGGCAUUCGACGAACCCCUGCUAGCGGGCGUCCCGUUUGGUUCAAUGGCUUAGCGGGCCGCUUUGGUAUGACGCGUGAUGUUGGGGCCUUGGAUCCACCUUAUGUUGGUCGCGAUGGCAUGAGCUACUUACCUUGUGAUUAUGGGGACGGAACUCCAAUUCCACGAGAGUAUCUCGAAAGGCUUGAUCAGGUUCUGAAUGAUCUUGAAGUAAAUUUGGCGUUGGGGGAAGGGGAUCUUCUGCUGGUUGAUAAUUUCCAAGUCUCGCAUGGGAGAAAACCUUGGAAAGGAGAGCGCAAGAUUUUGGUGAGCAUGUGGGAGGGUGCAUCUCCCAUUGAAGCUUAUUAA